AUGGGUUGUGCUGCAUCAAGAAUUGACGAAGAAGAGAGGGUGAUAAUUUGCAAGCAGAGGAAGAUGCUGAUGAAAAUUUUGUUACGAUAUCGUGAAGAAUUUGCUAAUGCUCAGUUGGCAUACUUGAGAUCAUUGAAAAAUACUGGAGUUACCCUCAGGCAGUUUACUGAAUCUGAUUCAUUGGAACUUGAGGAUUCCACUUCUGUCCCGACAUUGCCUCCUUCCCCUCCUUCCCCUUUGCUGUCACCUCCACCUCCACCUCCACCUCCUUCUUCGCCUCCGCCUGCUUGCAUGAGAAAGCUUGAGGAUAAACAGCCGAAGGCUGAAGUUGCACAAGGAGAAAUAAUAGAAGUCGAUGAGGAGAGCAGUCACAACGAACCUCCACUUGGGUUCGCUGGGGAAUAUUGGGAUUCAUUUGCUUCUUCAUCGCUUGAAUGUGAUAAAAAGUGUGACACUGUCGAGGAGGAAAAUUGGGAAGAGGCAAAUAGUGAAUUUCUUGAAGGAUAUGUCGAGGAGACUGUUGUUGCCACCGACGACGAUAUUAUACCCGGGAAGGAGCAGAUUUUUGAACUGGUUGAUGAUGAUUCGUUAGUGAUGAGCUGUCACUCAAUGGAUGCUUCAGACAAGGCUAUGGUAGUUUGGCGAAGUAAGAAGACCUUGACUGGUAUUGUUAAGGACUUGGAUGACUACUUCGUGAAAGCAGCAGGUGGAGUGAAGGAUAUAGCUGUUUUUGUAGAUAUCAGUAUGGGCGACACAUUCCUUUUCCGUGGUAUCAAAGAAAACAAGAGUAACAGAAGCAGUUCAGCAAAAGUCUUUAGCUCGCUGACAUGGAGUUGGUAUUCCAAAUCAUUUCGCUCCACAAGAGACACUGGAGAGGUCUAUGUCUCCGGUGAGCCGUGUAAGCCUGGAGCUCAUUGUAUCACCCUCCAAAAACUUUAUUUGGAGGAGCAAAAGCUCUACAAGGCAGUCAAGGAGGAAGAGAAUGCCAAGGUGGGGCACCAGAGAAAAUCUUCAUUGCUAGGUAAACUAGAGGAAGAGCACGAUUUGGCUAAAUCUGAAAAAACUCGUUCAGCCGUUGAAAGUUUGCAGUCUUACAUCUUAUCUUUGCAACAAUCAAUCAAUCAGUCUUACUCAACCAUAUUAAAGCUCAUAAGUGAGGAGCUCCACCCUCAGCUGAUUGCACUAUCUUCUGGAUUGAUGCAUUUGUGGCAAACUAUGUACAAUUGCCAUAAAUUCCAGAAUUAUAUAUCUCAACAGCUGAAUCAUAUAGCAAAUCAGCAAAACACAGAAUUUAGUAGUGAAUACCAUCGGCAGGCUGCAGCUCAGCUAAAAACAGAAGUCACUUCUUGGUACAACAACUUCUGCAAACUCGUAAAAUAUCAGAAAGAAUAUGUUAGAGCUCUCUGCAAAUGGACUGAACAGACCGACUGCCUUAGAGAUGUUGAUGGAUGUGUGCAGAUGAAGUUUGAGGGCAGCCUAUCUACCGAAGAUGCAAAUCCUGCCUUGACAUCCAAGAAUCCGUUAUCAAUUAGGCGUGCUAAAGUUGAGGCCCUAAAAAGAUUAGUGGAUGACGAGAAGGCCAAAUAUGACAUGGACACUGCAAAGGAUUUUCCGCUUUUUGCCCACUGGUUGGUAGAGAUGAACAGGCUUUGGAGUGGAUUCUCAAAUAUCUCAGCAUGA